GACAGACGCCAGUAUGCUACAAUAUUACGUCAAGUGCGCCGAAGAAGAAAAGUUCCUUCUGACUUAUGUCAUUCUCAAGCUCAAAUUGAUCCACGGCAAGCUCAUCAUCUUUGUCAAUGAAAUUGACCGUUGCUAUCGACUGAAGUUGUUUCUUGAGCAAUUCGGCAUCAAGUCUUGCGUAUUGAACCAAGAAUUGCCAGUCAACUCGCGACAGCACAUUGUCGAGCAAUUCAACACGGGUGUUUACGAUAUCGUCAUUGCAGCAGACGAUGCAGAAGUGAUGGGCGACAAGGAUGAAUCAGAUGACGAGCUCAAGACAGAAGCGACCACGACCUCUCGUAAGCGAAAGCGAAAGAUCGACAAGGAAUUCGGCGUUUCUCGGGGUGUCGAUUUCCGCAAUGUUGCUUGUGUCCUCAACUUUGAUCUACCUACCACCACGCGUUCCUAUGUCCAUCGGAUUGGUCGGACAGCGAGAGCCGGUAGAUCUGGUAUGGCCAUGUCACUCGUCAUUCCACAAGACAAGUUUGGGAAGCACAAGGCAACCAUGCUCGCGACAUCCAAGCGUGAUGACAAGGUACUGGACAAAAUCCUCGAAGACCAAGCAGAACGUGGUUAUGAAGUCAAACCCUAUGCUUUCAAUAUGGCGCAAGUGGAUGCCUUUCGGUAUCGUAUGGAAGAUGCACUUCGCAGUGUGACACGCAGUAGUAUUCGUGAUGCGCGCGCAAAGGAGUUGCGAGCAGAGAUUCUCAAUUCAGACAAGUUGAAGGGAUACUUUGAGCAACACCCAGAACACCUUGCCGAAUUACGUCAUGAUGCUGAGAUUCAUGCGAAACGUGUACAGCCACAUUUGAAGCACGUACCGGAAUAUUUGAUGCCCAAGGCGGUCGGUGCAGGUGCCGUGGCAGCAGAGGGAGAAACACUUGGAUUUGUUGGUUUUAGAAAGCAGGGACCAGGCAAUCGUAUUCGAAAUGCUGCUUCUGCGAGACGAGGUGGACGUGGUCGUGGUGGCAAGACGCAAGGUACAAAGCGACCAAAGAAGAGUGAUCCACUCAAGACUUUCAAAUGAGAGA